GAUUGCUGUCAUCGCUACAAAAAUGUCUUUGUAGUUAUCAGGGUGUAGGUCAUAUUUUAAUUAAAUUGUAAUCUUUCACAAAAUCGUGCUCAAUUUCGCAUGUUUAAAUCAUAAUAGAAAAUAAGAAGAGGAUCUAUUCACCCAAAACAGGGGUAGCAAUGCAAUUGGUGUCAGUUUGGUGGAGAUAAUAAGAGUGAAGUGAUGAUGUGGGCUUAGUGUGUGGAACAGCGGCACCACGGCUUCCUCUGUGGCGGGUGGCGCGAGGGGAGCAGAGUCCCCCUCGCAGGCCAACCAGGACACGGUGGAUAACGCCACUCCCACCUGUUGGUGGGCUGCGUGGUCGGCAAUGGGCUGCUUCGGUUCGCCAGGCGCCAAAAGCGGCGAGGAUGACGCCAAAUCGCAGAAAAGACGCAGCGACGCCAUCACACGCCAAUUACAAAAAGAUAAACAGUUAUAUCGCGCGACACAUCGCCUGCUGCUUCUCGGCGCUGGUGAGUCCGGGAAGUCGACGAUCGUGAAACAAAUGCGCAUCCUUCACGUAAACGGAUUCUCUGAUAAGGAACGCCGGGAGAAGAUAGAAGAUAUCAAGAAGAACAUACGCGAUGCGAUUCUCACGAUAACUGGUGCGAUGAGCACGCUUACACCGCCCAUACCUCUCGAAAAGCCCGAGAAUAAGGCUCGAGUUGACUACAUACAAGACGUAGCUUCACAACCGGAUUUCGACUACCCACGUGAGUUCUAUGAGCAUACGGAGGAGCUCUGGAAGGAUGGAGGGGUUCAGCGGACAUAUGAGCGCAGUAACGAGUACCAGCUCAUCGACUGCGCCAAGUAUUUCCUGGACAAAGUGCACGUGAUAAAGCACCCAGAGUACACGCCCACGGAGCAAGACAUCCUCCGCUGCCGAGUUCUCACUUCGGGCAUCUUUGAGACGCAGUUCGUCGUCGAUAAAGUCAAUUUCCAUAUGUUCGACGUGGGCGGUCAGCGCGACGAGCGUCGUAAGUGGAUCCAGUGCUUCAACGACGUUACGGCCAUAAUCUUCGUGACGGCCUGCUCCUCCUACAACAUGGUGCUGCGGGAGGACCCCACGCAGAACAGGCUCCGGGAGUCGUUGGAUCUCUUUAAGAGCAUAUGGAAUAAUCGAUGGCUCCGCACAAUAUCGGUGAUCCUGUUCCUCAACAAGCAAGACCUGCUCGCGGAGAAAGUGCUCGCGGGCAAGUCCCGGCUCGAGGAUUACUUCGCGGAGUUCGCCCGAUACCAGACUCCGCCCGACGCCAGCCCCGACGUGAGGGACCACCCGGAGGUGGCUCGCGCUAAAUACUUCAUACGGGACGAGUUCCUGCGUAUCAGUACGGCCAGUGGCGAAGGCAAGCACUACUGCUACCCCCACUUCACGUGCGCAGUGGACACCGAGAACAUCAAGCGCGUCUUCAACGACUGCCGCGACAUCAUUCAGAGGAUGCAUCUGCGGCAGUACGAGCUGCUCUAACGUGAGAAAGGCGAUUCCAAUGCGCCAGGGCUGGUUCGAAGCCGGCGUGAUAUGACACCAAACGAAUACGACAGCAAUAUUUACAUAUUAUACAUAUACUAUCUAUGUGUAACGCUCCAAUAUUAAAUUAUACAAAUCUUUAUUAGCGAUGGCAAUACAUAAUAUAAGUCCUUUGAAGUCGAUAUAUUUACAACUAUCGACACAUUGAGAAAGUCUUGGACUUUAUUGUCACUUGUCAAAAAUUGAUUCAGUAUUUAUAUAACUUUUUAUGAUCUGUGUUGCCAUCGCACGUAGAGCAAAGGCUGGGACAUACGAGGCGAUCUAAUCUACUUUAAUACGUCACUAAGUGUGUCCAAAGCCUGAUCUUUUGCACGUUAUCUGUUGUCGUUGGAUUGUGAUUUUGUACACUGACUUUGAAUGUGUUUUUUCCAUAGACCACAUACUCUUACAUCAACUUUUGAGUAAAACACUAAGUUAAGGAUUUAGUCGAGACUUAGCGCGAACUGUGACUCACAAUCUAAUACAUUUUUGACGUACGAAAGCCAUAUUUAGCGUUGAGCCUCGUCGCAACAAAAUCGUGUAGCUUUUUAAUAUUUAAUACCAAAUUAAUAUAAUAUUUUAUUGCAUUUAUAAAUCAGUGUAACUAAAUCGUGUUUAAGAUUAUGUGCAAAAGAUAUAACGACCGCCGAGCGGCAACUCACGGAUUCUUCUGUCGCAUGGUGUUUCCGGACGUUACGUACGUGUACUCACCACUUACGUAUACGUAAUUCGUACGUUGCUACUUUGGAGCAUCCAGUGAAUGUUGGGUUGAUCUCGGAAUGAAGCUACGAGGGUAUUACCUGUUCAAAAAAUCGUCUUUGAUUUUUUGGUAUGGCAACACCCUUUUGUCUAUGAAUUUUUUUAAAUUAGACGCGUAUUUAACAUGAUUGCAAGUUUCUGUAGAAUAUAAUUUGCACUUAAAGUUUUUGGAUAUUUUAAGGUUUUUUGAAAUUCACGCUACAUUCCGAGAUGUAAACCUUUUUAGAGCAUAACGCGGCGUUAUUAACUCGAUUGUCAUUCGAAUAACAUAUCUUUUAGAAUAUAUAAAAAAUAUAUAAUGAAUUAAUUGUCUUUAUUAUUUAUUCUACAACACAACGUAAACUUUUUUGAAAAAAAAAAAAAGAAUAAGUUUGACAUAUGACAGUGACAAUCGAGUCAUUAUCGCGUAGAACCAAUCGUUUUAUAUUGAGGAUCAUAUAGUUUGAUUUUUUCGAGGCUACACAUAGUAUUAUGUAUAGAGCACCUUUAGCUUUUUGCCCACUUCAUUUAUUGAUGCAUAUCACUGAAAAUUGUUAUCUUUUAAAUCAUAGACAAUGCACGCUGGAUCAAUUUCGGUCACUUUCGUUUCAAAGUGACAAAUGUUUUUAAAUCGUAAUAUUCUUACCCGUUGCACUUGCGAUGCAAGCUGCCUAUGUUUUAAGCUGGCAUAAUAAUUUGUUGAUGUUUUUUUUUAAUCUCAGUUUUUGUCUUUGAAAUAAUUUGACAUAUGUGGAUGCCGUUUUUGCAAGAGUAAAUUUUACAAAGGUUUUUUUUAUGAAUUUGCGUAUGCGCACAAUUAAAUCAUGUAAUUUAUACUUUUUUUUAUCGAAUGAUUUACUGCAAUAAUCUUUAUAUGUUUUCGUGAUGUAUACAAAUGCGAGCGCUGUUAUAUUCAUAGCUGAAUAGGAGAUCUCGUAUUUGUAUAUAUCAAUGAUUUGUAUUUUUAAGUUUAUUUUAAUGUUAAGUUUAUGUCUUCCAUAUGUAUAUCUUUUGCAAUUUUUUUUUGUCUUAUUAAACGACGCACAUUGACACGAGAGCUUCGCUGUGUAGAUUUUGUUGAAGUUAUUUAAUAUAUGGAGCUUUUAAUAAUUAUAAGGUCCAAAGAUUUGUUCCCGGUCGCAUCUAAUGCGGUGAUUGGAAGUUUAUUAGCAGUAUUUAAUUUUUCAAAUCUUUGCGGUUGCCGCUAAACUGACACAGAGAUAGAGAUGUGGUGGUUUUUUGACAACCCGUAUUUUUGUUCGAAAAUUAAUAUAUUACAUUAGCCCUAAGUACAAAUGUAACUAACAUUACGGUAAUAAUAUUACAAUAAUUAUUUAUUGAUUUAUGUACUUACCGGUUUUUUAGUCUGUGAAAAGAAACAUAUUUUUAACGUUCAAAGAUUAUUGGUAGGAUAUUAUUCAUUCUCGAAAGAAUUUUAUAAUAAUAGGAUUUGAAAUGAAAUGGUCCUUAAUAUAAGGUCGAUGCUGGCAAGAAAUGUGCCAUAUUUGAUGUCCUGCUAGCGGAAACACCAUAAACUAAUGUUACCAUUUUUAAACCCACAUAUAUGAGAACUCGAUCCUUCCUAGAACCUUGUAAAUUAACAAAUCAUCUAUUUUGCUUUGAAAUAAACGUUUUGUCGUUAUUUUUAAUAUAUAUAUAUAUAUAUCUAAUAUGGAGAAUUGUAUUUUUCUUUCGUGUUAGUUUUCUUUGUAAGUAGGCAAAUAAUAGAUUUACUUCAUACAUUUCUUGGUGCGUAGUCGUUCGUAUCACACUGAAUAUAUAAUUUUUAGGUUUGGAUAAGAAAAUUCCAUUCGGUUAAUUAUUAUAAGUGAAAUUAUUAAUUAUUGGUAGGAAAUUUUUGGCUUUUAAAGAUCUGCUUGUUUUAGUGCAAUAUAGAACGACCGCCACCGAAACCAAACCAUCUCAUCGUGUAAUUAAUAAAAUGGCAUCUUGAACUUAUGUAUAUGCAACUUAAGCAAACUAUUUGGUAGCUAUUUUAAGUAAGUUUAGUGUAUCGCGAUAAAUCGAACGCAAAUAUCUAUAAUUUACACUGCUAACGUAAAGUUUCUUGCGAGUCACUGUCCACUAGUGGGAUUUUAAAAAUAAUUUUCAUUACACCUUUAACAAACGAGGUGGCUACGAUGGCUGCUUGGCUUUUAUUUUAAAUAUUUUUAAAACUGACAAUGGAGAUGGCAACACGUCGCGAAUCUCAAUCUGCACGCGUCAAACUGACAGAUGUUUCCGCCAUGUUUAAUCUGUGGUUCUUUAAACUUUUUGUAGCAUGUGGUGAUAGUAUUGUGCAAUAUUUUAACAUUCUUUUUUUGAACUUGAACGUUAGCAUUAAUCGGAUAUCUGCUAUUUACGGUCGUUUCCAGAAGCUUGGCUAUCUUUCGAUUUUUAUGUCCAAAUACGAAGUAUCAUAAUGUGAAAGUAAGAAAGAUAGAUAGGUUUCGACUAUUGCUGUAUAUUUCUGUCCAGUCCCCGCUACAACUUACGAUUUAAGUAAACGCAAUAACACGUGAGUCAUGUAUAAAGUAGAAUAUAGCAUAUUUUCUAUGUUUUUCGAUAUGUAGAUGAUAUACUGCCAGUGUCGAUGUCAAUGUUAAGAUAAAGAUAAGAUGUUUCCUGUUGCACCCGACAUCAAAGAGUCAUCUUUGGAGAAUAGACAUAAAUGUUAACUGAGAUUUGAGGUUGAAACACAAGGAGUUCUCUUGAUUGAAUUUUGUAAUUGUCAAAUGCGAAGAUAGGUUCGUCCACAUUACAAGAUAAACACAAAUUAGUGUGAUGAUAGUUACUUUGUGUAACUAUAUUAAUGACUUUCGUGGCAUAAAAACGUUUUAAUGCUCUGUGGACGAGCUUUAUUCAAAAGGAGGCUUAAUAAAAAUCUCUUCAAAACGGAAACUUAGCAUAGAAAUAUAAAAUUUAGUUUCGCGUGCAAUCCUCGACUAGUAGUAAUAAACGUCCGUGGCCAAUAACCAAAUAGUAUUGAACAAUUUCCCCUUUUUUAAAUCUUUCAUAGUAAUAAGUGAUUGUACUGCGCACAAUAUGUAUGUGAAGGAACUUUCGUUUCGACUCUUUAAAGUGCAGAAUUAUUCUGCAAAAUAUUUUUUGGUAAUAUUUUUGACUGUCGCUCACUUAGCGUCCCUGUCUCGCUGAAAUAAACGCAUUUAACUGCUCAUUUAUGUAUAAAUUCAUCGGUUUUAUUCAUUUUAAGAGAAAUCAAAUCGGCACUCCUUAUUUACAAAUUGUCUAUUGAUCGUAAUUAUAUUCUAUCAUUUGUUUAAUGUUAUAUUAGAAAAAUCUAUAUAUUUUAACAAAUUUUUAAUUUUUAAUAUACCUAAUUAAUAAAAUUCCUAAAGAUAAAAUUUUUAACUAUUUAUGUGUAUAGUAGAUUCUAGAGCGAGGUAAAGAUAACGAACGCUUAUUUUAAUUUGUUUUUCAGAGAAUCGCAAUUUAUUUACUGUCUUUUAAAUUACCCUUAACUGAUGUGUACAAAAAAAUCAGUAUGUUUCAGGCAUUUUGAAUCAGACUUAAUGUAUGUAAAAAUAAAUGUUGUU